CAUUCAUAAGAUUCAAGUCAUCAUGAUCGCGCCACCGUUGGCCGGUUGGAGUUGGAAACUCGGCCAGCCGAAGACCCAUGGUUGAGCCUAUUGUUCGCUUCCCGGCUUCAGAACGGUUUGUCCUCUCGAACAAUUCGCGGCCGUGCGCACGGAGACCCCGUCGAUGGCAGCUACGGGUUCCAGCCAAAGCGCAGGCACACCGGGUUUGUGUGUCAGCUUGUGUCUCAUGCGCUGUUUUGGUGACGCGAUGCUCGCUGGCUGGCCGUUGUCUCACAGCCUCCAAACAGGCUGCGCGAGCACGUUGCAUAGUUAUGUGGAAUGACGAUCCUUCGACUUGGUUCAGCAAACUCUUCCAGCCGGACACGUCGAUCUUCAAGCAAACCCGGCAAUAUUCCACCGGUGAUGCGGUGAAGGCUGCUUAUCGAGGCGCCCCCAUUGGCCUCAAAGAUCUGUCCAGGAAGUUCGGGCCCAAUGUGCCGAUCACGUCAUUGGAAAGUCCACUGUACCGGAUUUUUGCAUUCAUUUUGGCUUUCUUGGCGUAUCCUGGAAUUGUGCGGUUCUUGCGGUACGUCCUGCAGCUGAAUGAAGGUGAGAGUGCCGAUGAACUAGCAGACGUGGUGACGGACUUCGUGACUGUCGAGACUUUUGUGUUUGGAAGCUAUUCGGGUGUGACACUGACACUCCAAAUUCAAAGGCUUGCAGACCUUCAAACUAAUUGCGUGAGGGAGUGUGCCCUUUUGAGUUCGUUGGCUGAGCACACGGUGGAACUCUUCGAGUCCUUGAAGAAGGACACUUUGCCCGAGACCGCUCGGAAACCACUGGAACGUCUGGAGCGUCAGGCUCUAGAGGCAGCUCUUGUUGUGGGGCAGUUUGGUGGAUGUUGCGCACAAUUUUCAAUAGUGUCUGGGCUUUGGACGUUGGGGGUGCUUCAAUUGGCUGAGGGCUGCAUUUCCCCUUUGCGAGCCCGGCGGAACAGGGUGCAAAAUGAUCUGCAUGGCUCGGAAAGGGAGCCAGUUGGUUUCAUGUUUGCGAUCGCCCGCCAGGCGCUGUGGCACCACUCGGAGCGCUUGGCGUUCAGCACGCGCGGCGAGGAGCUGCUGGACAUCGCCGAGCGCCGGCAGAAGAGCGAUGGCAUCUCCAACUAUCGCGUGGCGUUGCUGCAGUGGGGGCGACAGCGCCGUGAAGGUGUUUGGAGCGAGAAGGUGUCAUUGUAUGAGCAGGAUUUGCAGCUCUGCAUGACCAUGGUGAACACCUUGAAGGACUUUCGUGCAGGUCGGCUGUCCAGGGAAUCCUUGGUGCUUCCUCCGACCUUCUUUUGGACCUUCGGUUUGCUGUCGAUUUUCAUCUCCAUCUCCUUUGCACUCCGCGAAGCUGCAGACCCCAACAGUGAAUAUUCCAUCGUAGAUCGCUGCUUCUUCGCAGCCCUGACCUUGGCCUUCCUGACCCUCUUCCGGCUGGCGGUGGAUGUGAAUUAUCCCUUCAAGGGUGACUACCAGAUCCGCCGGGGCAGCAUUACAGCUGAGCUCAUCUCAGCAAGGGACACCCUGCAGCGGGCGCUCAAUGGAAUGUCGGAGCCUCCGCAGCCAUGAGUUGAAGAGGAAAAAGGAGUUCAAGACAGGUCAAGACUUCUUGAACUCAAGACUGCCAGCAGCCAGACUAUCCAGAUGAUAUGUUUUCCGCAACUGGACUGAUCCCUCC